AUGAUAAAAUCAUCAAAAUAUUAUCCCUUAAUGCAUUUAUUGUUGAUUUAUUUAAUUGUAAAUUCAUUAUUGAUCAACGCCAAUGAAUUGAAUUAUUUAAGCAAACCAUUGGAAGUUGAACGCGACAAUCCAAGAGUUAAAAAUAUCAUAGUAGGAUCUUUUAUUGGAGGAUUGAGUCAUUUAGCACCAUUGCUAGAAAUAUCUAAAAUUUUAGUUGAACGUGGUUAUAAUGUUACAUUGAUUUCUCCUGAAAAUAAUCAUUAUACUAAAUAUGAAAAGAUUAAACACUAUUCUACAGGACCGAAAUUUGAUUUCAAAGAUAUUGCUGGUUGGAAAAAAAUAAUGUAUGAAGAUCCACCCUCUAUAAUGAGCUUUUUCCCCAGUUAUUUUGAACAUGCAUAUAGUCUUUAUUUAAACAGUUAUUAUGUUUACGAAAGAGUGUUCAAUGAGUUGAAACCAGAUUUGUUCUUGUGUGAUUUGAUACAGAAUGAAGUGUGUUUAGAUGUGGCUUGGAAAUUGAAGAAACCCGCAGUUAAUUUGGGAAGUUCGUUAUCAAUUCAUGGAAUCCCGUAUAAAUCUGAUCCAAUGUAUGGUUGUAAAGUAAAUCUGGAAAAUGAAUCAUUUUUAGAAAGACUUAGAUGUUUUGUAAUUCCAAAGUUCGAGGUAGUUUGGACAACUCGCUCUGCCAUUUCACAUUUAAAUGAAUUAAGAGCCAAAUUAGGUAUCUCCCCUACAAGUCAUCCAUAUGCAAGAAUUAAAAACAAAUUAUUUUUGGCUGAUACAUUUUUUGGAUUUGAUCUUCCAACACCAUUAUCACCAGUUUAUACGGAAAUUGGACCUAUAUUGUCAGAUAAUUAUCCACCAUUAACACCAGAAGUGAAAACAUUUCUAGAUAACCAUCCACGUACAAUGUUUAUAUCACUUGGCACAUUUGUAUAUACUACAAAAAAAAAUAUUGGAAUAUUAUUACAAUCAUUUAUUGAAGCAACAGAGAAUGGUGUGAUCGAUGGUGUGAUCUGGGGAUUAGCAACUGUAGGAGUUGAAGAAAUACCUGAAACCAUAACUUUAUCAAAUGGCAAAGAACUCAAUACAAUGUAUAUAAUCAACAACCAACAUCCAAAUAUUCAAAUAUUAUCAUUUGCACCACAAUUCUCAAUUUUGGCACAUGAGAAUUGUAAACUGUUUUUAAGUCAUGCUGGAGCAGGCAGUAGCCAUGAAGCUAUGUAUAAUGGUAAACCUAUGUUGGUGAUGCCAAUUGCUCUUGAUCAACAUGGAAAUGCUGAAAGACUGGAAAAUAUGGCUGGUGUUUCUUUGACUUUAAGCAAGACAAAGUUAAAUGUUAAAGAAAUUUUAAUAAAAAUCCGACGAUUAUUAUCUGAAGAGAAAUUUAAGAUAAAUAGUGAAAGAAUGAAAUCCUUGACUAGAAUUAAUAGUAAGAGAAAACAUAGAGCUGCUGAUUUGAUUGAACAUGUGAUUAAAUCAAAUGAAUUAAAGGAAAAAUUAAUCACACAAGAAUGGGAUUUAUCAAAGGAAAUUAUUUAG